GUUCGCACGCAGUCGGCGUGCCGUGUCUCAUUGUGCAAUUUAGUUUCGAGUGGUUGUUGUGUAUCGACUAUCAACAUGCCAAAGAACAUCUUAGCCGAGAUGGGCUCCCAAGUGGGACUCACACCAGCCCGACAGAAUCAAAAGGAGGCAGUUGAGUGGGAUCGAAGACACAAAGUAUCCAAGGUCAACCCUUCAUUCGAACCAGACGACUUCCUCCCACAAAGUUUAUCUCCAGUACAAGAUGGCAAAAAAGGGCCAGGUGAUAAAGGUAUCUUUCUCGUCAACAUGAACGAGAAAAAUCAACAGGAUGUGGAAGAAUAUGAGCCAUACGACAACAGGGUGGUCGACCAUCCCACGACAAAUACAGAGACGUUGCUGCAUUUGAUGAAAGGCAGCUUGGGUACAGGUAUAUUAGCAAUGCCACAUGCUUUCGCAAAAUCAGGAUACAUUGUUGGAUCAAUCGGGACAAUAGUUAUCGGCGUGCUGUGUACGUACUGCAUCCACGUGUUAAUCGAUUCAUGCUAUGUUUUAUGCAAGCGUCGAAAAGUCCCGUCGCUCACUUACACAGCAGCUGCUGAGGCUGCUUUGUCAGAAGGUCCUAACUGGUGCAAGGCAUUUGCACCAUAUGCUGGGCACGUCGUCAAUGUAUUUCUACUCAUCUAUCAAAUUGGGACAUGUUGUGUUUACGUUGUAUUCGUGUCAGAGAAUAUACAAUACGUGCUAACGAAACACUUCGGCUUGGACUAUGCUGUAUUCGACGUUAUGUUGUGGAUUCUUCUCCCUUUGGUUCUCAUCAAUUGGGUGCGAGAUUUGAAGUAUUUAGCACCAUUUUCAGCUAUAGCUAAUGCAAUAACAAUUGUGAGCUUUGGAAUCAUCCUCUACUAUAUCUUCAGAGAAGCGCCUACAUUAGAGGGCAAGUCACCAGCAGGAAAGAUUUCUGAAUUUCCACUUUUCUUUGGAACAGUUUUGUUUGCACUUGAAGCUAUUGGUGUGAUACUGCCAUUGGAAAAUGAAAUGAAGACACCAAAAGAUUUUGUUGGAAAAUUCGGAGUUUUAAACCAGGCUAUGAUUUCAAUUAUUAUCUUGUACGUCGGUAUGGGUCUUUUCGGCUACUUGCAAUAUGGAAAUGAGGCUGCUGGAAGUAUAACACUUAAUUUGCCUUCAAAAACAGAAAUUCUUGCCAGUGUAGUCCAGUGCCUACUAGCAUUUGCGAUCUUCAUAACACACGGUCUUGCCUGCUACGUUGCUAUUGACAUUGCGUGGAAUGAAUAUAUUGGUGUAAGGCUACUUAACAGUUCCCAUAGAAUUAUUUGGGAGUACAUAUUGAGGACCUCCAUUGUAUUACUUACGUUUGGCAUUGCUGCAGCGGUACCUGAGCUGGACCUGUUCAUUUCACUAUUCGGAGCCCUAUGUUUAUCUGCUCUCGGACUUGCCUUCCCAGCGUUCAUCCAAAGUUGCACAUAUUGGUACUACGUGUCUCGUUCGGAACGCAUACGAAUGCUAGUAAAGAACAUUAUAGUAGUCAUAUUCGGCGCCCUAGGGCUUGUUGUAGGAACUUGGACAUCGCUUGAAGGUAUCAUUGUAAAGUUCUCAGCGCAUCACGCCCUAAAUGCUACUGCGGCCAUCGCAGAAGCAACGCAACUCAAUGAAACAUUCACUGUAAUACCUUGAAAAUUUUAGUUGUCAUGCCAUUUUUUAUUUAAUAAACUGUGGCUUAAAGUACAAUUUAGGAGCACGUGAUGAUAAAUAGACAGUGUUAGGACCUAAAAUAAUCAACACUAGGUACAAUAUAAUAAAAUCUAAACAUUACCAUCAAAGUUAAUGAAAUUAUCAGACCAAUAGUGGCUAAAUAUAUCUAUUUAUCAGAAUGAAUGCUGUUUGUUAGUACCUAAUACCGAGUGAAGUAGAUCAUAAUGUUAAUUUACUAAAAUGAAAUUCUGACCUAGUUGGUAUGUAAGUAUGACUUUUGUAUCAUGUGUUAAUUAAGUUCAACGAUUUAGGUCAAAGCGUAUAAAAUAUAGUAAGUAAAAUGCCAUCAGGAAAUGUAAUCAGGUUGCCUUAAAAUAACAUUCCUGUUAUACAAAAACUCAAUCAACAUACCGGAACGGGAAACUCAUUUCAAUAGAUUCGAUUUGAUUACAAUAUAUACAAUUUGGCUGUUAGUUAUUUAAUAAAGUGUGACAUAGUAGUCUUAAGUGUAGGAGGUAAUAAGCCUUCAGAAUAAAUAUGGUAUGAUGUACGGAAGUGAGCAACAUUUCAUAAUUCAAACAAGUGAAAAACAAUCGAAAAGUAUUCUAAAAAACAUCUUUUAAUCUUAUUUGUCCAUCUUUUAAACACAUGUAGAUAAUUUACAAGUAGAAUCAUAAUUUUAUUGACUACUACAAUAUACUUAUCGCAUUGAUGUACUAUGUAUAAUAUAACUAAUAAUAUAUUAGGUGUUAAAGUAUGAAAUUGCCGAUAUUUACUGAAAAAUUAAAUUCGUUGUUUAUUUAAUCAAAAUAAUUAACAUUAUCCAUUAGAAUUUUCGAUGUAUCCAUCUGUAUUGUCUUAGCUAAAUAUAAAAAAUUACUCGAAGUCAAUAAUAAAAUUUUGCACAUUUUUUAAAAGAAGAGCUACAUAGGUACUAUGUGAAAAAAGUUUUAUUCAAAAAAUCUCAAACCAUGAAGGUUCUACGUCAAUUCGAAGUACCUAUUACAAUAAAACGGUAAUUUAAUACUAUAACCCCUAUUAUGUUUUAAAUUUUAUUCAUUGACACGAUACGACGCAAACGAAAGGAAAUAAUUAAAUGUUAUGUGAGCUGUACUUUAUUAUCAGUCACUAAAUUAUGCUUGAAGUAUUUGUGGCAGUAUUAAAAAAAAUCUUAUAUGAUACUAUUUUUCCUAUCAGUCAAGAGCAAUUAUAUUAGUUUGUUUAAUUUUGUCGACGGUUGUUAAACAUUUAGCUUGUAAGUUUUAAUUUUACAUACAAAUGUGAGAUUUUAUAUAAAUUAUGAUUCAUUGUGGCAUUUUAAGGAAGAGUUAAUUUUAAUGUUAACCCAAACCCAGAUAAUUUUAUUUAUGGAUUUAUUUCUGUUUCAAACUGAUUUAGCUGUCGACUGUUUUCGUUUUCCAACCUAUUAAUUGUUUCAGUGAGAAUUUUAAAAAAUUAUAUAAAAAUCGCAUCUAAUCAUAGAACCCAAAUAUUUUUAUGUACAUUUCUAAUUAAUAUAUUAUGACCAGUACAAAUAUAUAAACUAAUUAAUCAAUUUAUAUUUAAAGUGAGAAGUACGGUUCUAAAUUGUUUCAUUCUUUCAGAGUUUAUUAUUAUGAGAUUGUCUAAACAGAAAAAUCAACUGCACAUAUAUUAUAUUAUAUUUAUAGGAUAUACGAAUAGCUUUAAUUUUGUUUUAUUUGUAAUUUUAUAUAUUAUAGUUAGUUUAGUUAUUUAUCCAGCCAAGUCGGUUUAAACUAUAUAUAUAUAAACCUUUAGAUACUCUAUUUUACACAGAAUAUCAAUUAGAUUCAAUAAUACCUUAAAAUAUAAUCUAUACUCAUAUUAAUCCGAAAGUGUCUCGACCACAUUGUCACAUCAAAUGAUUUAAAAAGGGUGGCAUGUAUGAAAUGAUUGUAUCAUUAAUUAACAAAAAAGACGGGCAGGUGUUUGGCACUGUUAAAUAUUGUGUUAAUAAUCAUUACUUACCGCCACUAACCAGAGCCUCAAUUGGAACUCUUUUAUAAUAUUAAAUCUGCUUCUUUUAUGAAUAUUAUGAUAUCAUUGCUUAUAUUUGUUGUUUGUCAUUAAGUAAGUGAGACCUGAAUGUAAUUAAUUAUUUUUACACAAAGUAUGUCCUAAAUAUUUAAGUCGUAUAGUAAUUAUAUUUUAUAAGAAAAAUCGUGCAACUCUAUGUUUUUUUUUAUUAUUUUUAAAGUGCGUGUGGGCUAUAUUUAGUAUAUUAACAUAAAACAGUACAAGAUCAUAUUAUUAUAAUUGUGACCAGCAUGUAAUUAAGAACAUUGACAAAUGUUGUCGAAACGUUUUAGGUAAUUCUUUAUCAAAUAUUCUAUCAUUUCUAUUUAUAUAUUUUAGUGUCUUUUUUCAAAUCUCAGUAAGAACAACACACAUAAUAAAGUCUAAGCAACGCCUAUUGAUUUUUAAAAAAUCUAAAUAAAUCGGUCUAGACGGCGAGAUGUAGUCGAGGCGAUAUUAUAAGUAAAAAAAUUCGCAAAAAUAAAAAACAAAAAUUUUUUUAUCGAAAAAUAAGUAAUUCAUACACAAGAAAAAGCAUUGAAACCGACAUUAUCAUUGUGUUAUUGUUGUUAGGCACAAUUUCUAAAAAGUUCAAGAAGUUCAGAUGGGAUUUUCAUAUCGUUCAAGGAAAUACUUCAAAGAAACAAAUGAAUUACAGGUGUUGCUUACACUUCUCUGAAGUGUGUAUGUUAAAACACACGAGAUUCACAGCUAUCUCUUACUGCGGAUUGCCUAUCGAUCGCUUUUAUGUACCGUAGACAUUCCUUCACGUAAUAAAUCCUUCGCAUUGCCUACGUGUUUCGCUUUCCUUUUCGGGAUAUAAUAUGAAAUAUAUAUUCAAAUACAUUCACUAACGAAAUAUAUUACAGAGACAUUUAUAUUAUUAUUAUAUAUGUUAUAAAUUAAUAUUUCCGGUUAUGAUAUAAAAUAAACUGUGAUGUUGAUAGUUUAAUAUAUAAGUUAUUGUUUUAAUAAUUGUAGAUGAAUGAUGUGUUACACACAUUAGUGAUAUUGUGCUCAGAGUGAUGUGGGGUAGAACCCGAUUCAAUAAAAUGUAAAAUUUU